UUUAACUAGCAGACGGAGUUUGAUCCCCAGUGCCGACCUUUGGGAAGCGAGCUCAGACCAGUAACAGGUGGCUCUCGAGCCUCACGGGGAAUAUUUAACUGGAUAUACUUCCAUAACUUGAAACUUUGGCGUGUUUCGGGGAGCUGACUCAAAAUAAUCGCCAGUCCAGGUCAACUAACAAGCCAUGAAGUUGUGUGCUGCCAUCGCUGUCUUUCUGUGGUGUGCUGCUGCUAGCUUGACAUGGGCUGCCAAAAUCGUCAUCGUGCCUCCAAUCAUGUUCGAGAGCCACCUGUACAUCUUCAAAACCCUCGCCACCGCUCUGCACCGCGAGGGUCACGACGCCGUGUUCCUGGUGUCGGAGGGAAGAGACGUGCCCCCUUCAGAACACUAUCGCCUACAGCGCUACCCCGGCAUUUUCAACAGCACGUCCGCGGACAACUUCCUGCAGUCCAAGGUGAAAAAUAUCUUCUCAGGACGCUGGACGGCUCUGGAACUGUCCGACAUCUUGGACCACUACUCCCAGAACUGUGACGUCAUGGUGGGGAGCAAGGCACUAAUUUCCCGCCUCAAGGAAGAGAAGUUUGAUCUGCUCCUUGUUGACCCCAACGAGAUGUGUGGCUUUGUCAUUGCCCACCUCCUCGGGGUUAGGUAUGCGGUCUUCAGCACGGGAUUGUGGUACCCAGCUGAAGUUGGCGCACCUGCUCCUCUUUCCUACGUCCCAGAGUUUAACUCCCUGCAAACUGACAAGAUGACCUUCUUCCAGAGGAUUAUAAACACAGCUGUCUAUACGGUUUCCCGCUUUGGGGUGCAGUUUUUGGUGCUACCUAAGUAUGACUGGAUCAUGAAGAAGCACAACAUCCAGCCUGAAACGUCAAUGUAUGAGCUGGUGCAAGGCAGCCGUCUGUGGAUGCUUUGCACCGACAUGGCUCUGGAGUUCCCUCGUCCCACCCUACCUCACGUGGUAUAUGUUGGAGGCAUUCUUACUAAACCUCCAAACCCUCUUCCACAGGAAUUUCUGACAUGGGCCAACAGUUCAGAGAAAAAUGGGUUUGUGCUGGUGUCAUUCGGAGCUGGCGUCAAGUACCUGUCCGAUGACAUUGCAGAGAAACUCGCGGGAGCACUGAGCCGUCUUCCUCAGCAGGUCAUAUGGAGGUUUUCAGGAAUCGCACCCAAAAAGUUGGGGAACAACACCAAACUUGUGGACUGGAUGCCACAGAAUGACCUUCUCGGUCACCCGAAUAUCAGGGCUUUCCUCAGCCAUGGGGGACUCAACAGCAUCUAUGAAGCCAUGUACCACGGCGUCCCUGUGGUGGGGAUCCCACUUUUCGGGGACCACUAUGACACCAUGACGAGAGUACAGGCAAAAGGCAUGGGUAUAAUGUUGGAGUGGAAGAUGAUGACUGAAGACGAUCUCUACCAUGCUAUGGUCAAGGUCAUAAAAGACGACAGGUACCGACAGCAGGCACGCCUCCUGUCUAACAUCCACAAAGACCAGCCCGGCCACCCAGUAAGCCGGGCCGUCUACUGGAUCGACUACAUCCUCCGGCACAGGGGUGCCGACCACCUGCGCUCUGCCGUCUACGGCAUCCCCACCCACCAGUACUUCCUGCUGGACGUGGUGGCGGCGCUGGCGGGCGCGCUGCUCACGCUCGCGUACGUCGCCUACCGCGUGGCGAGACUCCUCAUAACGCGGAGCCGCGCGGCGUCGGCCGCGGGCAAGGCCAACGGACACUGCUCCAACGGCAUUCCCAACGGGAAGCACAAACGGAUCAACCAGAUCAAGCACGACAAGAAAGUGAAAUAGGGCCGAAGCCAGGCGGCAGGCACAACACCGACAGCGGAAACGGUGCAGGGAAGGUACACUUCGAAGGGCAUCUCUGAAUAAAACCCAUUAAAAUAACAGCACCGUGAGAUACAACAAACAUUGAGGGUGGCUCAAAGGUCAUACGCUAAAGAAGUAACCAUUACGAAAUUUGACUCCCCUCCCCCAUAUCCUUCCACAAAAACUUCAGCCUUUUUGUUGGUGGAAUCACUGUUGAAAAAUAACUCCGGAGGUCAGACCUGCCCUUGGAAAAGCGGCGAACCCACGUAAUUUGAGCAGUCAAACAUUUGCUAAGUUCAUGCUGAUAAAGAAGCAGUAAAGAUGGACCCGUUUCCUGCUACGCGUUUAGCACUUUACAAGUGAUUUUAAGUCGUGAAAAAACGUGCACAGAGGCACUCCCACCAUUUAGUGAAUUGGCUUGGGCAGCGUAAAGCUUCCGGUUUAUUUAACAGUUAUUACAUUGACGACAUGCUCAUCCUCUAAAACUGCUUGUUUUGCUGCUGGAUAGAUACGUCGCCAAGUCCACUAGCUGAUGGAUUGAUACAUUUGUAGAUUAAACAUACAAAGAAAAACGUAUGAAGCUGCUAAUUGGCACUAAUAUGUAGUUAUAGCUCUUUAAAAAGGUAUCAUUGGUCACUUGAUGGCAGGACCGAAAUGUUAUAAUAUAGUCUUAAAAAAAGAGGAAAAAAAACCUUUUGAUUAACUGCAAUAUUUGUUUGGCAGCAGUCGAACGAAAGUUUAACAAGUACUGUAACACCCUAUCAUCAAAAUCGUAACAAAUGCCGUGUGCGUAUGACUGCAUAUUUAUGUAUGCGUGCUUGCGUAUAUGUGUACAUAUGUGUAUGUGUAUAUUUUAUUUAUAUAUAUGUAUAUUACAUAUUUUAUGUAUAUAUAUAUAAAAUAUAUACAAGACAUAAGUAAAUAUAUAAGCAAUAUAAUAUUUGAAUAAACUAUUGAAUUCAUUUUGA